UUUCACUUUGAAGUGUCAUUGGAUUGGAUCCCAUUUUAUAAGGAGGUUUCACAAAAAAAAUUCUCUCACAGUUUCCAGAACAGCGUCGGCCAUUUGGAUCUGUUUGAAGCUUUUCUAGAUCAAGAUGGAAAAUAAGGAUCAAUACCAACAAUCCCCAGAACCAAAAUACGAGUGCCUUCUAUUUGAUAUAGAUGACACCCUCUAUCCCCUGAGCUCCGGCAUUUCAGUACAAAUCACCAAGAAUAUUCAAGAAUAUAUGCUUCAUAAGCUUGGGAUGGAAGAAAGUACAGUUCCUGAAUUGUGUCUUUCGUUGUACAAGGAUUAUGGGACGACAAUGGCUGGUCUUAAGGAUAAAGGCUAUAACUUUGAGUAUGAUGACUUCCACAGUUUUGUUCAUGGGAGGUUGCCCUACGAUUUGCUUAAGCCUGACCAUGUUCUGAGGGGUCUUUUACUUAGUCUGCCUGUUCGGAAAGUAAUCUUUACGAAUUCAGAUAAGAAUCAUGCCGCUACAGUGCUCAAAAGGCUUGGAAUAGAGGACUGUUUUGAGUCAAUCAUUUGCUUUGAGACUCUGAAUCCCACCAACAGUGCUGAUGAUUCUGCUGGUGCAGAAGAAACUGAAUUUGUGCAACAACCAAAUACCAAUGCUGUAAUUCCAAGGAGCCCAGUUGUCUGCAAACCAUUUGAAAAUGCCUUUGAAGAAGCUUUUAAGAUAGCAAACAUCAACCCUCAAAGAACGUUAUUCUUUGACGAUAGCAUUCGUAAUUUGCAAACUGCAAAACAAGUGGGUCUGCAAACAGUAUGGGUUGGCGCCUCCCACCGAACCAAAGAUGUGGAUCAUGCACUGGAGAGCAUCCACAAUAUGAGGGAGGCAUUGCCAGAACUCUGGGCUGAGCAGUCUGAGAAUGUUAGAUAUUCGAGAGAGGUUGCAAUUGAGACACCAGUAGAAGCUUAGCUACGCCUACUUGUUAGUCAUCUGAAAGAACCAUUUCUCCUUGCAUAGAAAUGAAACUAUCUUGUAACAGAAGUUAAUGGUGUCCUCUUUAUUAUUAGUAUUCUAUUUUCUUUUGCUUUGAAAUUGUAGAAUUGUAAUUGUGUAAACAACUAAACAUGAAGUUAAGCUUAAAGUACUUAGCCAAUGGUUUUGAUUUUUAUCGUAAUAAAACUGUUCAAGUUGUUCAGAA